UCGAUUAAACUAGACGCCAUCUUGUUCGAUUCCAUCAUGGCCGUCAAGAUCUUGAGCCGGUUGGGGCUAGGUCGUAUGUCCCACGACAAGCAAGACACUCUCAUCAAACUUGCGGUCCUGUCCAUCGCUGCCAUCCUCUCGUUUUCAACUCGCCUCUUCUCUGUGCUGCGUUUCGAGAGCGUUAUUCACGAGUUCGAUCCAUACUUCAACUUUCGGACGACGCGGUUUCUGGCGGAUGAAGGUUUUUAUAACUUUCACAAUUGGUUUGAUGAUCGUGCGUGGUAUCCACUGGGGAGAAUCAUUGGUGGUACGAUCUAUCCAGGCUUGAUGGUGACAUCAGCUGUCUUCUAUCAUAUCAUGCGAUUUUUCAACAUCACGAUUGCCAUCAGAAACGUUUGCGUCUUCUUGGCACCGACCUUCUCAUCCUUCACAACAAUCGUUACGUACCUCCUCACAAAGGAACUCUGGAGCCCUGGUGCUGGUUUGGUUGCUGCGUCUAUGAUUGCUAUUGUUCCUGGUUAUAUCUCACGUUCGGUUGCUGGAUCAUACGAUAACGAAGGGAUUGCCAUCUUCUGCAUGCUGCUUACCUACUACAUGUGGAUUAAAGCUGUGAAAACCGGUGCCAUCUUUUGGUCGACCAUAUGCGCUUUGGCGUACUUUUAUAUGGUGUCGUCAUGGGGAGGCUACGUUUUCUUGAUCAACUUGAUUCCGAUGCAUGUUCUCGCUCUCAUGGCCACUGGUCGCUUUACUCAUCGAAUCUAUGUUGCCUACUCAACGGUGUAUGUGCUUGGUACCGUCUUAUCAAUGCAAAUAUCGUUUGUUGGAUUCCAGCCCAUCCAGUCCAGCGAGCAUAUGGCCGCUUUUGGAGUGUUUGGUCUUUGUCAGGUUUAUUCGUUUAUUGACUACCUGCGUUCCAAGCUAACAGCUGAAAACUUCCAGACUCUUUUCAAGACCAUCAUGAUUAUUGUGGGUUCUGUGGUGGGUGUUGUUCUUGGAAUUUUGUCUAUCACAGGCAGUUUCACCCCUUGGACUGGAAGAUUUUAUUCUCUGUUGGAUCCAUCUUAUGCUAAAAACAACAUUCCCAUCAUUGCAUCGGUCUCUGAACAUCAGCCCACUACUUGGUCAUCAUUCUACUUCGAUCUCCAGGCUCUUGUCUUUAUGUUUCCAGUUGGUCUUUACUAUUGCUUCAACAAGCUGACUGAUCAAAACAUUUUCAUCAUUCUGUAUGGCGUAACGAGCAUCUACUUUGCCGGCGUUAUGGUUCGUCUCAUGCUGGUGCUUGCACCUGUCAUGUGUGUACUCGCAGGCAUAGGCAUAUCAGCCUUACUUUCAUCAUACAUGAGGAAUUUGGACGUCGGGAAAAAAGUAGACAAGAAAACAAAACGCACCGAGUCAAACUAUCCCGUCAAGAAUGAGAUUGCAUGGGGUGUGGUCGGCAUGCUGACACUUGGAUUGGUCAUGUACACAUUCCAUUGCACUUGGGUGACCUCAGAGGCUUAUUCUUCUCCUUCAAUUGUAUUGGCUGCAAGACAACACGACGGCUCGAGGAUAAUAUUUGAUGAUUUUAGAGAGGCUUACUAUUGGCUGAGACAGAACACACAUGAAAAUGCAAAAGUGAUGUCGUGGUGGGAUUAUGGCUAUCAGAUUACCGCAAUGGCAAAUCGGACUAUCCUAGUGGACAACAACACUUGGAACAACACACAUAUCUCACGUGUUGGACAGGCCAUGUCGUCAACUGAAGAGCAUGCGUAUGAGAUAAUGAGGGAACUAGAUGUUGACUAUGUUUUGGUCAUUUUUGGUGGUCUGACAGGAUAUGCGUCUGAUGACAUCAACAAAUUUCUAUGGAUGGUUCGAAUUGGAGGCAGCACUGAUCGAGGCGCUCACAUCAAAGAGCACGACUACUACACACCUGCUGGCGAAUUCCGUGUAGACAAAGAGGGAUCCCCGAUCCUCCUCAACUGCCUCAUGUACAAGAUGUGUUACUACAAGUUUGGUCAAGUGUACACUGAGCAGGGCAAGCCAACCGGCUACGAUCGAGUGCGCAAUGUCGAGAUCGGAAACAAGGACUUCGAGUUGGACGUGCUCGAGGAGGCGUACACGACUGAACAUUGGCUCGUUCGUAUCUACAAAGUGAAGGGUCGUGAGAAUAGAGGCAAUUAACAUGUAACGAGAGAGAGUAGUGUUUGCAACUGUUUCGGGCGUCUUGACUGUAUGGAUUGAAUACAUUCGUUCCUCAA